UUGGUGUUUUCGAUAAUCUUGCGUUCUUAAUCAAGAACCGCAAUCGCAUUGUGGUAGUCGCGCAAUUUUUAUUGCAUGUUUAUGUGUCCGGGAAAUUCCAAUUUGGUCUAAGGCAAAUACAUAGAUUUCUACAACUGCUUCACAAUGUCCGAGAAUGUGAAUAUCGACCUAUCCGGGGAAAUGAACGCACCGACUGAAAAGAAAGGAUUUCAUAAGUAUGUGAAUGACAUGGAACUGCUGAUGCAACACAUCCGUAGUGGCGGUGGCCAAGCACUGUUGAUGGGUUUCUUGGCUACGAGAAGACCCUGGACACAGUUUGUUGCAACAGAAAACUUUAAGGUUCCGGCAUCGCUGCCUAGGCUGUCUCGCCGUAUUUACCGGAAUGUGGAAUAUUUCCAAGCCAAUUACUUCAUGGUCUUCCUAGGGCUGUUUUUGUAUUGUCUUAUUACGUCUCCUUUUCUACUUAUAGCAAUGGUUGCUAGCUUCUUUGGCUACAGAAAACUUACUGCUGGCCCGAAUACAUGGAAGAUCGGAAGCUAUGAGCUGACGAAAACGCAGCAAUACGCAGUCGCCGCCGCAGGGUCGACGGCUAUCUGCUGGUUCGCCGGCGUCGGGGCUGUGGUCUUCUGGGUUUUAGGUGCAACAGUGACGAUUGUGGCGCUGCACGCCGGCCUGUUCGACGCGGAGUCCCUCCCGCCUCCGGAGCCCGAGCAGUUCCCCAUGAUCGAGCAAGUGUGACACCUGUACCA